AGAGGCUAUAAGAAAGGCUUACAAAAGCGCCGGCCUUUCCAUUAUCUACAUAUUUCAUUUGGAGAAGAGUUAAGAUACCGGAGGAAAGAUGCUUGGUGUGCAAAGUGUGAAACCUGCCGGUGGUCCCCCACUGCAGCUGUUCAACUGCGCUCACACUGACUGUGGAGCGACUUUCACCAGGCAGUGGAGGCUGAAGGAGCACGAGACGGUGCACACCGGAGCGCGUCCCUGUCUGUGCACAAUUGCGGGCUGUGGUCGUCGUUUCUCAAGAAAAUCCCACCUGAGCCGCCACAUGCUUCAGCACAGAGGAGUGAAGCAAUUCCAAUGCAAAUUUGCGACCUGCACGAAGAGUUUCUUCAACGCGGGCAAACUGAAAAGACAUGUGCGCUACACCCACGGAGAUAAAAAUAAAUACUUUAAGUGUAACCAGCCAAACUGCCCCUUGACCUUCAAAAAGCGCAGAAUGUUUAAGCUGCACUUACAGAAGCAUCAAGUGGCUGCUAAAUUCAAGUGUUCGAAGGAUGGAUGCACUGCCAUGUUCAACUCCCAUAUUGCUCGCAAAGCCCAUGAGAACAAGCACGCAGGUUACCGCUGCACUCAUGAUAACUGCCAGGUAGUUGAACACACCUGGGGGAAACUUCAGAGGCACAUGGCCAAACACUCAGCUACAUUUGCAUGCCAAGUGUGUAAGAAGGCGUUUAAGAAAAUGGAUGCUCUGCGGCGUCACAAACGAAUUCAUGCUUCCCAUAAGCCUGUGCUGGUUUGUCCCAGGGAUGACUGCCAGGCUUACUUCUCUACAACCUUCAAUCUGCAGCACCACAUCCGCAAGGUGCACCUCAAGCUCCUCAAAUACAAAUGCUCCUUCCCCGACUGCCCACGCAUGUUUGCUAUGCGGGAGAGUGUGACCAGACAUCUGCUUCGCCAUGACCCGAGCACCAGCACUCUGAAGAAACGUCAGCGUCCCAAGAAAUCCUGGCAGAAGCGCCUGGAUGGACACCAUCUUCCCCUUGUGGAGGAAAACCUGCGUCACCUCUUCGCCCUGCGCAUGCGGGUCUCCCGACGUACCAAAGUGGAAACCAACCUCUCAGGCCUCUUCAACGAACGCAAGAUCCCUCAUUAUGUUGACCCGGAAGUCAACCUCCGCAACCUGUUCGGUAUCAAACAGCCUCGUCCUUUGGAGGAAAAACCUGAGGUUGCCCCACUGAAAUGUUAAAUGAAAAUGCAUCCAGACUGAUGUGCAUUUUGACUUUAAGUUUGAACUUCUUUGAAAUCUUUUCAGCAUUUAAAAUUGGACUUUUUUUCUCUGCAAGAAAUUGGGUCUCUUUGGUUAGUUUUUCUAAAUGUAGCUGACAUACAUUAAAAUAUUAAUUUCAAAAGUUAUUUGAAUGUAACUUGACAUGGAUCAAUGAUCGAACUCUUCUUUUUGGUGAAUAUAUAUAAAUCUUAAUUGAAAUGCUUUUUGUAACACAUGUUGACCCAAUAAAAUGAGUUAUAUUUUG